AAAGGUUUCACCUUCGCUUCUCUUUUUAGAUGAGGUGACCUGCGACGCCAGCGGCGACUUUCAGUGUGACAACCAUCGGUGCAUCCCGCUCAGGUGGCGCUGUGACGGCGACGACGACUGUGGGGACAAUUCUGACGAACGCAGCUGCACGCCACGCGCGUGCACCGAGAGCGAGUUUCGCUGCGAUAAUCUGCACUGCAUUCCCGACCGUUGGGUCUGUGACCAUGACAACGACUGUGAAGACAACUCGGAUGAAAGGGACUGUGAGCUACGGACGUGCCACCCUGGCUACUUCCAAUGUGGAAGCGGACAUUGCAUCGCCGACCGCUUCAAAUGUGACGGCAACGCCGACUGCGCGGACUACACGGAUGAGUCGUCGUGUCCACCACGCUUCCCAAACGGCACCCACUGCCCCCACUUCCUGUUUGAGUGCAAGAACCACGUCUGCGUGCAGCCUCACUGGAAGUGCGAUGGAGACGACGACUGUGGGGACAAUUCCGACGAGGAGCUUCACCUCUGCUUGACAGUCAAGUGUGAGACGCAGUUCCGUUUCCGCUGCGAUAACAACCGGUGCAUCUACAGCCACGAGCUGUGCAACUCGGUGGACGACUGCGGCGACGGCUCGGAUGAGAGACAAGAAAACUGCCAAAGCCCCACACACGGACCCUGCGCUGACGAGGAGUACAAAUGCAGUAAUCGACAGUGCGUUCCUCUUCAGUACGCCUGCGAUGAUUAUGACGACUGCGGGGACCAAUCGGAUGAACUCGGCUGCCACCAUGAGAGCACGCACUCUUGCAGUGCCCACAUAUGUGAACACAACUGUACUGACCUGACCGACGGAGGCUUCUUGUGCUCCUGCAUGCCAGGCUACCGGGCCAAAAGUGGCGAACGACACACCUGUGAAGAUAUCAACGAGUGUGAGGUGUACGGCAUUUGUCCGCAAGAGUGCAAGAACACAAAGGGAAGCUACGAGUGUUUCUGCGCUGAGGGCUUUGUCUCCUUUAGCGAGCCGCGUGGGACCCAUUGUGCCGCCCAAGGAAACCCACCAGUACUUCUCCUGCCGGAUAACGUCCGUAUCCGCCGUUUCAAUCUUUCAUCGGAGCAGUAUUCAGACUAUGUGGACAAUGCCGAGCAUAUCCAAGCUCUGGACUACUUGUGGGAUCCAGACAAACAAGGCCUUAGUGUUGUGUACUGGACAGUUGUGGGUCGAGGGUCAGAGUUUGGCUCCAUCAAACGGGCCUAUAUGACCACCUUCAAUGAUCACGGCAGCAACCCGGUCAGAGACAUGGACCUCAACCUGAAAUAUGUGGCCAAUCCCGACGGCAUCGCUGUAGAUUGGGUUGGCGGGCAUAUCUACUGGACUGACGCUGGCACCAAUCGCAUUGAAGUGGCCAAACUGGAUGGGCGUUACAGGAAGUGGUUGGUCCACACUGACCUCGACCAGCCCGCUGCUAUCGUCGUCAAUCCCGCACUUGGAACAAUGUAUUGGACAGACUGGGGUAGGAAACCCAAAAUCGAGUCCGCAUGGAUGGAUGGCCAAAGCAGGCAGGUGCUGGUCAGUGAAGAAGACUUAGGCUGGCCUACUGGUCUGGCUCUCGACUAUCUGAAUGCGCACAGGAUUUACUGGUGUGACUCCAAAGAAAACGUCAUUGGGUCCAUGAAGCCUGAUGGCACAGACAGGAAGAUCAUCAUAUCAGGAGAUAUUGGGAAUCCAUACAGUCUGGACCUGUUUGAGGGCCACGUGUACUGGACAACAAAGGAGAAAGGGGAAGUGUGGAGGACUAAUAAGUUUGGGAAAGGAAACAAAGUCAAAGUGUUAACUAUCAACCCCUGGCUGACUCAGGUUCGCAUUUACCAGGAGCACCGACACAACCACUCAGUGCCCAACCCUUGCAAGAAUGUUUGCAGUCACCUGUGUCUACUCCGGCCAGGUGGUUACACUUGUGCCUGCCCUCAAGGUUCCUCUGCGCUGGAUUUCGACUCGGGCGAAUGCGAUGCAGCCAUUGAGGCACCGGUCGCGAUGCCUCUUGCAUGCAGAUGCAUGAAUGGUGGGACCUGCUACACUGACGAAGGAGGUCUGCCCAAGUGCAAAUGUCCUCACGGUUAUUUGGGCAGCUACUGCGAAAUGGGCAAGUCUCGAAGCGCUCCCACAGGAACAGCUGUGGCAGUUCUACUCGCAGUCAUCAUCAUCAUCAUUACUGGAGCUUUGGCAGUCGGGGUCUUCCUCAACUACAAACGAACUGGAUCCUUCAUCCCUUCUAUGCCAAAGCUGCCUAGCCUUAGCAGUCUGGUGAAAUCUAGCGACACGGGGAAUGGAGUGAUGUUCCACUCGGGUGAUAACGUGGACCUCGGACCAACGCGCAUUGGAGUGUCCUUCAUCGAUACCGCCAUGCAGAUGGAUGAUCAUUUUGCCAUGGAAGUGGCGAGGCAUCCUGUCACCUUUGAGAAUCCGUUAUAUGCUAACACAGCCGCCAUGGCCGCUGACCCAGCAGUCAUCCAUGCCUCGCAGGUUACCGUAAACUUGAGUGGCGAGAAAUUACAGAACAACUUUGUGAACCCGGUGUAUCACACAGAGCUGAGCGGGGGCCUUGUAAACACGUCGACCAAACCUGUUGAAGAGUCAACGUGGAGCUUAUUCAAGCGCAAACUCAAGCCCAGCAGCCCAUUUGAAAACCAGUCCUACUCCAAGAUGAGGGACGACAAGUCCGAAGGAAGCAGAGGCGGCGACCCCUCGACACCGGAGCCCUUUGCCCCACCGCCCAAACCUCAAAGGAGGGAUCAUCAUCAUCAUCACCACCACCAUCAUCAUCAUCAUCCAAGCACCUUUUCACCAACCGAGGACAGUUUCAAAGACACGGCCACUCUCGUUAAAGAGGACAGUGACGUAUAACCCCGCCCUCACCGACGGGGAAUCACACUUUGCACAGAAUUUAUUUUUUUAUGCAGCCUGUGGGGAAUAAAAAAAAAAAUGAAUUGUUAUAUUCAUAAGAUAUAUAUAAUGUAGUGGUGCCUUGAGAUACGAGUGACCCAAAUGAGCUGUUGUUCAGCAGAAGGAAAUUCCUGUACUUCAAAAAAAGAGGCUUCAAGCCGUUAAAGGCCACUCCCACUUGAAGUUUACUGUCAAACUGAACACAAAACUAAAAUAAUUAUACACCCGUGUAUGAACAACAACCACAUAACCUUUUGCUAUCUUCAUGCUAACACAAAAUACAAAAUGCCAUUGCUGUAGUUGAUAGCAAUGACUAUUAGAACACAAACAGUGCAUCAACACAUGUAGAGUGACAAUAUAACCAUACUCACAGGCAUAUUUAUGUUAUCCUCUGCA